AUGUUCUCUGCCAAAGUCAGGGCGUGUCUUAACAGGCUGGUUUUUGCUUUGCCUUGCCCGGUUUUGCCAGGAAUACUUUUAAAUUCUUAACAAAUACCGUAUGCUUCUUAAGCCCUUGCUUUUCUUAAACACAUAAAUUAAAACGU